AUGGCGGCAUCCCCACCUCUAUACCGGAGCCCGUCAGUUGACAGAACCCAGCUCAGCGCAGCCUUCUUCAUGACUGAGUUUGCAACGAAGUUUCUCACAACUCCGCAUUUCAUGGCCAGCUUGUUUCGCACAUACUUCUCUGUUGAUUGUUAUGGGACUAUCAAUGCUGGCGCGAGCGCAUCCCUCAGGUUGCCAGCCGUAUUGGCUGUCAAUGCUCUUGCCCAAGGGCAUUUCGGCCGAGCUAUGGGCGACGCAGUAUCUGUACAGCAAAGUUUCUAUCAAUAUGGGCUCGCCUUAAAAUCAAUGUCAUCGUCCAUCUCUGCUUUAGGGUUCGUCGAUCUCACCCUUCCUGGCCUCAAAAUGUGCCCCGUAUCUACAAACUGGCAAAGCCACAUCCGCGCUUUAUCUGACGCCAUUGCUCUCAGAGGGGAAGACCACCCCUACUCUAAAACAAACAAGCAACUCAUAGCCGCUUCGCGUUUAAUGAUUUCAUUGGAAUCACUCUCUUCUAGGCAACUGGGUAGCCUGACACCUUACGAAUGGCGAAAGAGGUCUACCAUCCGUUCUGCCUGGCUUACUGAGGCCAAAACAACGAUAUACACCAGCCAGGAUCUGAUUCCAUCCCGGGGGAACGAGAUAUAUACGUUUCUGGAUUCUUUGAUGGACUCUCUCUCCGCGUUGGCGACUCUGAUAGGUCGAUAUGACCAUCUGGUCAUUAAACUUCUUCAGACUGGCAGGGUGGGCGACGGUGAGCUUAGUCAAGCUUUAAUUGGGCUGUAUCAUGAAGCGGAAACCCUGUUGAGCCAGACAGAAUUAUCGGCUACGGGAUGGCAAACAAUGGUUCAUGAGGUUCCAAUCACCGAGUGUCAAUCGAAUCCAAGCGGUGACCAAGAGGAGGCAAAGGAUCAUUCGAAGUUUUGGCAUAUGUUUGAACAGGACUUGCACUCAUUAUUUGACACCCUCCUUCACUUCCACUCGAUGCACGAGUAUCAAGCCUUCACGCUGUACUGGACCAUUGUCAUAUCAUUACGCUUGCAGCUUAGCGAUGUGGUCUCGAUGAUGAUGGCCAUCAACUCACAAUUUAUACCUGCCGAUCCUGAAAAGGAGAUCCAUCGUCACCGCACCCAGCUCGUCAGGUAUGCGGAGAAUGUUCUUCGGGCCAUCGCCUUCGCAGAGAACGUCGCCAACCGAAGACUUGCGCCCUUUUUCAUCACAACCGCUUUCCAGAUGACGACCGUCGUGCUGGAAAAGGAGUGCGAGGUCCUGCGAGGGGAACACGGGAAUCUGGAGAUCAUCCACAGGUAUGAGGCGAUGAAGGCCCUGGCGUGGCGAUACAUGAAAUGGGGCUUGCAAAGUAAGAUCCCGAUCAAACUGGACACUACAGGCCGUCUCUCUUGA